CGCCAAAAGAUUACCGAGAUAUUGCGCUCUUUAAAUACCGUGUACGGACUGAUCAAAGCGUCCUAUUCGUUGCAGAGCCUCGGCAAGUCCUGCAUUGCUUACCGGUGCGCUCUCGUCCCCAACUCUAUUCGGAAACAUGGCAAACGCUUACCUGCAAGGAGUGGAGAUCUCCGCAUCACAGUUUUUGGAUAUUUUUCACCACUAUGACAACGAUGGUAAUGGAUAUAUUGAAGGUAAAGAGUUGCAGAGCUUUAUUAAAGAACUUCAGCAAGCUCGGAAACAGGCAGGACUUGAAUUAACUGACCAAAUGCGGGCUUUUGUAGAUGAAUAUGAGAAAAAUGCGGAUGGAAAGAUCGGAAUUGUUGAGCUAGUCCAAAUAUUGCCCACAGAGGAGAACUUUUUGUUAUUCUUUCGACAACAGUUGAAGUCCUGUACGGAGUUUAUGCAGGCUUGGAGGAACUUUGACGCUGAUCAUAGUGGGUACAUUGAGGCAGACGAGUUGAAGAACUUCUUGAAAGAUCUGCUUCAGAAGGCAAAGAGACCGUAUGAUGAAAAAAAGCUUGAGGAAUACACACAUGCCACACUCAAAAUCUUUGAUUCAAACAAUGAUGGGAAGCUGUGUUUGGCAGAAAUGGCCAGGCUGCUACCGGACGAGGAGAACUUUCUGCUCAAGUUUCAGGGGGUAAAGAUGGCAAGAAAAGAGUUCAACAAGAUCUUCGAGUUGUAUGACCAGGAUGAGAAUGGCUACAUGGAUGAGAACGAGCUUGAUGCUCUCCUGAAAGACCUGUGUGAGAAAAACAUGAAGGUGCUGGAGGUCAGCAAGAUCCCCUCGUACAAGACUGCCAUCAUGGCGCUAUCGGACGGAGGCCGGCUGUACAGGACGGAGCUGGCGCUCGUUCUCUGCGCCGACGACAUCUGAGACAAAACACAACAAAUCCCCUUGGCUUUUCCCCUA